AUGGAGGCCAAUCCACCAUUGCCAGCUCCAAACGAUUUGGCAGCUACAUGGGCCUUCCUUGAAAAUGGCAUCGAUCAAAUUAUGAACAGGCUUGAAGAAGGGUUGAGCUACAAGCGAUAUAUGGAUCUCUAUACUGGUAUUUAUAAUUAUUGUACAAGCAGCCGUAUGAAUCCUGGGUUCGCCUCAGAACCACUUGCUGGUCCUGGUUCUAAUCUUAAUAAUAAUCGAGGUGCCAAUUUAAUGGGAAGUGAUUUAUAUCAGAAUCUACAAAGAUAUUUAGAAAGGCAUCUUUUUACCAUUCGUGAGAAUUCAACGCAAUACAUGGAUGAGAAUUUAUUGCGUUAUUACACCAAACACUGGGAUAAAUACACUACAGCCUCUUCAUAUGUCCACCAUGUGUUCCGGUAUCUUAAUCGCCAUUGGGUGAAAAGAGAAAUUGAUGAAGGUCGCAAGACAGUCUAUGAUGUUUAUACUCUUACCCUCGUUAGCUGGCGAGAUCACAUGUUCAUGCACGUCGAACGACAUGUAAUGACCGCAGUGUUAAAAUUAAUCGAAAGACAAAGAAAUGGUGAGACUGUCGAAACAGGGCUGGUUAAGAGUGUUGUUGACUCUUUCGUUUCCCUUGGGCUUGAUGACGCCGAUUCUACAAAGUCCACGCUUGAAGUGUACAGGGAUCACUUUGAAAGGCCGUUUGUGGAAGCUUCGGAAGUUUAUUACAAAGCUGAAUCCGAAAAGUUUGUUAGCGAGAACAGUGUUACGGAUUAUAUGAAAAAGGCGGAGACGCGUUUAGCCGAAGAAGAAAAUCGCGUAAAAAUGUAUUUACAUGCGAGCACUCAUAAACCUCUUAUUACUACAUGUGAAACAGUGCUUGUUAAGAACCAUACAGACAUAAUGUGGGAUGAAUUCCAAAAUUUAUUGAAUAUGGAUAAAUUAGAUGACCUCCACAGGAUGUAUUCCCUUUUAUCACGUAUUCCCGAAGGAUUGGAUCCCCUACGAACGCGAUUUGAGGAGCAUGUGCGCAAGGCUGGGUUGAAUGCCAUUGAAAAAAUUGCAGAUCAAGGCGGCGAUACUAUGGAGCCAAAAACAUAUGUAGAUGCGCUGUUGGAAGUCCAUAGAAAAUACAAUGAUAUGGUUUCAACGGCGUUCAGGGGCGAAGCUGGCUUCGUGGCAUCACUGGAUAAGUUUGUAAAUCGCAACAACGUAUGCAAAUCUUCGACAUCAAAAUCUCCAGAAUUGUUGGCCAGAUUCUGCGAUUCAUUACUUAGGAAGAGUGCAAAGAACCCGGAAGAAGGUGACCUUGAAGACGUUUUAAACAAUAUUAUGACCGUCUUCAAAUAUGUGGAAGAUAAAGACGUCUUCCAGAAAUUCUAUUCUAAGAUGUUAGCAAAGCGUCUUGUGAAUGGUACAUCGGCGUCCGAAGACGCCGAAUCAUCCAUGAUUUCAAAAUUAAAGGAAGCGUGUGGUUUUGAAUAUACAUCAAAAUUACAGCGUAUGUUUACUGAUAUGGGUCUAAGUAAAGACCUUAAUGAUCAGUUUAAAGAUAGAUUUUCGGUAGAAGCAGGUGAACCGCAAGUCGAUUUCUCGGUUCUUGUAUUGGGAACAGCAUCCUGGCCACUUCAACCAUCUACAACUAAUUUCAUCAUACCAGAAGAGGUUGAAAGAACUUUUCAACGCUUCAAGAUGUUUUAUCAAAACAAACAUUCGGGUCGUAAAUUAAAUUGGCUAUUUCAUCUUUCAAAAGGUGAAUUGAAAACCAAUUACUUGAAAGCAACAAAGACAGGAUAUACUUUUCAGGUUUCCACGUAUCAAAUGGGGAUUCUCUUACAAUAUAAUAAAGAUACAUCAUACGCUUUUGAAGAAUUGAGUCAGAGUACAGAUUUGAGUCCAGACGUUCUAUCUGGACAGUUGGGUAUCUUAGUAAAAGCUAAAGUACUAUUACUUUCCAAUGGCUCAAGUGUUGGAGAACCUAGUUCUCGAUAUGAUUUGAAUAUGGAUUUCAAGAGUAAGAAGGUCCGUAUCCAAUUAAACGUUCCUGUCAAAUCUGAACAAAAGGUUGAGGUGGAAGAAACUCAUAAAACUGUCGAAGAAGACAGAAAAUUAUUGAUGCAGGCUGCCAUUGUUCGCAUUAUGAAGACCCGUAAGACGAUGAAACACGUAACCCUUGUUCAAGAAGUGAUUUCUCAAUUAUCAAAUCGCUUUAAACCAAGAGUUCCCGAUAUCAAAAAGUGUAUUGAUGUCUUGUUAGAAAAGGAAUACAUAGAACGUGUAGAUGGUCAAAAAGACAUGUUUUCUUAUGUUGCUUAA